UACGGCACUAGAACGAAAGAGUGAAGAGAUAGAGAAUUGAACAGUAGAGAAGUAGACACUAGCAGUACAACAGUUGUUAUUGUUGGUAGUAAUAUAUAGAUAACAAAAUGUCAAACAAACCAACAUCUUGAUUGCUAGCCUAAACCUCCUCUUCUUCUCAUUCAUCCUUUUUAUUACUACUUACUUCAUUCCUUUCCUCCUCCACCACCAAAACUCACUUCCUCUUCUUCCUCCUCCACUCCUCUCUCUCUCUCUUUCUUUCUCUGUUUCUUCCUUCUUUUUCUUAAAUAUCCUUUUUUGUACCUUCAACCUAGUUGUUGCCCACACACCAUUGUUUUUUGAUUGAGUUGAGAAUCCAUCCUUUUUUAUAUAUCUUUUUCUUCUUCUUUUAGUUUUUCAUCCCCACCAUUUUCUCAAUUCCAGUUGUGUGGUUUUUUCUGUCAUGAUUCUUCUUCUUCUUCAUCAUCUGGGUCUUUAGAAUUUCUUCUCAAUUUUGUUGUCUUUACACUCCAAACAACACACUCAAUCUUCAUAAUUGAAUUUGGUAUGGAGAAGGAGAAGUAUUUCAGAGGCAAUUCACCACCACAAUUGAUGGAUAUUCAAAUUGGUCAUCAUCAUCAUGAACAAUAUGGGAAUUUCUUGAACUUGAAUUGGGAUAAUUCAAUGGAUCAAAAUGCUCCAUUUGAAUCUGCUCUGAGUUCAAUUGUGUCUUCCCCUGUCGGUUCAAAUUCUUCAUCAUUACCACCACCACAACAAAAUUCUGAAAAUGUUGUUAUCAGAGAAUUGAUUGGUAGAUUAGGAAGUAUUUGUAAUUCUGGUGAAAUUUCACCUCAUUCUGGUUACAUUAAUGUCAAUAAUGGUGGGAAUAAUAGUACUAAUACUUCUUGUUAUAGUACGCCAUUAAAUUCACCACCAAAACUCAACCUUUCUAUGAUGGAUCAUCAAUUGAGAGGAAAUUUGGCAAAUUCAGCUCAAACGCAUCAUCAGCCAUUAGCUCCAUUUCCAUCUGAUCCUGGUUUCGCAGAAAGGGCAGCAAGAUUAUCUUGUUUCGGAACGAGAACUUUCGGCAAUUUAUCAUCAUCAUCACCAUCGCAAUUCGGUUUGAAUGAACCUGAAUUGUCAGCUUCUACUUACAGAUCUAAUAACCAGAACCCAUCAAAUGGAAAACUUUCUAGAGUUUCUAGCAGUCAAUCUCUGAAAGCUACUGGAUCACAUCAAGAGAAUAAUAAUAAUAAUAUUAGUAAUAAAGAUUUUAGUCAAUUACAAGAUAUGAUUUUAGAUAAUGAAAUGAGAUCUGCUGCUGAUAGAAGAUUAUCAUCAAGGUCUACUACACCUGAAAAGAAUGCUGAAUUCAACCAAGAAGAUUCUUCAAUUUCAGAACAGAUCCCAGAAAUUGGCUUGAAAGUCGGUAAUGAUCAUGCUGCCAGUAAUGGCAGAAAAAGAAAAGCGGCUUCGAAAGGAAAAACUAAAGAAACUCGUGCAAUUCCUUCCACCAAAGAAAUCAAGAAUACCAAGGAAGAUGAUAAUUCGGAAGCGAAAAAGAGCAAAUCAGGUGACAAUGAUGAGAAAACAAAAGCUGAUAGCGGAGAAGGAUCUCAGAAGAGUAAGGAUAAUAAUCAGAAACCUCCUGAACCACCAAAGGAUUAUAUUCAUGUUAGAGCAAGGAGAGGACAAGCUACUGACAGUCAUAGUCUUGCUGAAAGAGUUCGACGUGAAAAGAUAAGCGAAAGAAUGAAAUUUCUUCAGGAUCUUGUUCCUGGUUGCAACAAGGUAACUGGAAAAGCAGUUAUGCUCGACGAAAUUAUAAACUAUGUGCAGUCAUUGCAAAGACAAGUUGAGUUCCUAUCCAUGAAGUUAUCUACUGUGAAUCCAAGACUAGACUUUAACAUGGAGGCACUACUCUCUAAGGAUAUUCUUCACCCCCGCGGCGGGUCAUUUCCACAUCCAAAUUACCCAAUAGAUGCAUCUGUUGCAGCUGCAUUUCCUUAUGGUCACCAGCCUAGUCAACAUCAUGUACAAAAUUUACAACAACAAAAUGGAAUCACCAUUGGAACAGAGAAUCACUGUCCAUUAGAUGCUGCAUUACGGCGGAAUCUAGGAAUGCAAUUACCUUCUCUUGAUGGGUUCUGCGAAUCCGCAGCUCAGCUUGGAGCAUUUUGGGAGGAUGAUCUCCAAAGUGUUGUUCAAAUGGGUUUCGGCGGCCAGAAUCAAGGCCAAGAAACAAGAUAUCAUCCGCAGAAUUCCCACGGACUUCCUUCAACUCACAUGAAAGUUGAACUUUGAUGAAUUAUUGCUUGUUUCUACGGAAUUCAAACACGGUUUCGGCUGUAAAUACAGAUAGAAAACUCAAGCUCAUCAUGAACUAUCUAUCAAUACGGAUGGGAUGGGAUGGGGGAUAAUCAGAAAAACGUUCCUUCGAGGAGGUGUGAAAUAUCGAAAAAUUUCUUCUUCAUUUUUCUUUGGAGGCAGCAGCAUUCUUACUUCCAUUGUACAAUCUCUAGAACUAAUUGGCAUCCUGUGGUCUAAUGUAACAACACCACCACCACCACCACCCCAAUGUAAGAUGGAUGGUGUGUGUGUAAAACAUUGUAAGAACAACAAGAGAGGGGGAAAAACAAACAAAGAGGGUGUGUGUAAGAGAGGGGAAUUUAGCAGCAGUUUCUUACUACCAAUUUCUUCUAUUCUGUUUUUUUUUGUGUUGUUGUUGGGUAUAUUACCACAUUAUGAUGAUAAAUAUUUAUAAUUAGUAAAAAAUAAUUCAUUAAGAUGUACUCCUACUAAUUAAUCACAUUGAUUAAGAAAUUCAGCCUA